AGGCUCACACGCACCUAGCUCACCAGAUUCAAUCUCCUUUGCCAACCACGACCGGGGAAGUCCCGUGAGCUUAGCUCUCCAGCUAGCGACGGGGCGCCGGCCGGCGGGUGCGCGGGCUCGGUACGUAGUGGACGGCAGGCGGCCGCGCGUCGGAUUGAUCAGCACAGACAUGGGGAACGCGCUGGGGUGCGCCGGGCUGGGCGAGCGGCUGGCGGCGGCGGCGCGGGACGGCGACGCGGCGGAGGUGCGGCGGCUGCUGGCGGCGGACCCGGGGCUCGCGCGCUGCACGGCCACCUUCGGCAACCUCAGCUCGCCGCUCCACCUCGCCGCCACCAAGGGCCACCACGAGAUCGCGGCGCUGCUGCUGGAGAAGGGGGCCGACGCGAACGCGAGGAACGUCUACGGACAGACGCCGUUGAUGCAGGCGUGCCGCUCAGGGCACUGGGAGGUGGUUCAGACGCUGCUGGCCUUCAGAUGCAACGUGUGGAAGGCGGACGGGCUGACCGGCCGCACGGCGCUGCACGCGGCGGCGGCGGGCGGGCACGUGCGGUGCGCGCGGCUGCUGCUGGCGGACGCGGCCGGCGCGGGCGAGGGCGCGGCGGCCCGGUACGCGAACCGGGCGGCGGGCGGCGGCGUCACGGCGCUGCACCUGGCGGCGCUGCACGGGCACGUCGACUGCGUGCACCUGCUGGUCGACGAGCGGGCGUCCCUGGACGCGCAGACGCUGCCCUGCGCCGCGGCGCCCAUGGCGGCCAUCGGCGCCGGGAGCACGCCGCUGCACUACGCGGCGUCCGGCGGCGAGGUCCGCUGCUGCCAGGUGCUCGUGUCCCGCGGCGCCGACCGCAUGGCCGCCAACUGCAACGGCUGGCUCGCCGUGGACGUGGCCCGGAUGUGGAAGUGCCACUGGCUGGAGCACGUGCUGGCGCCCAAGUCGCAGCUCCCCGUCCCCAAGUUCCCGCCCUCGGCAUACCUCUCCCUCCCGCUCCCCUCCCUCCUCGCCGUCGCCAGGGACUACGCCGCCGCGCCGGAAUCCUUCGCCGCCGCCGUCGCCGGCAACGACGACGACGCCUGCUCCGUCUGCCUCGAGAGACCCUGCAACGUCGCCGCCGAAGUGUGCGGGCACGAGCUGUGCCUCAAGUGCGCGAUGGACCUGUGCACGUUGAUGAAGGCGUACGAGGUGCCGGGGCUAGCCGGCACCGUGCCGUGCCCGCUCUGCCGGAGCGGCAUCGCCUCCUUCAGGAAGGCCGUCGCCGCGGCCACCGCGCCGCCCGAGGACGACCACCAGAGCAUGAGCGGCGGCAGCCUGCCCUGCGCGUGCGCGCGCUGCCAGGACCGGCACGGCAGCCCGGGGGAGGAGGAGGAGGAGAAGAGCACAUGCCGGUCGUCCGGGCGCCGGGGCUACGGCGGCGGCGGGUUGGACGGCCCGGAGGCCGCCAUAGCUCCCUUAUACUGCGCCCCGUUCACCGGCCCCUCCGCCAUCUUGUCCUGAGGCCGGACCAGUUCCGCAGGAAUUUCAUCAUGCACAUACAGGUUUCACAGGAGUAGUAUACAUACAUACACACAUACAUACAUACAGACACGCAUACGUAGACGAAGCUGGCGUACCAUUUGAUUUGUUGUGUUCGUGGUGUGAAAUGCUGUAGAUACGGUGGUGGGGUGUGGCUGUAGCGGACAUUCAUAGAAAUUCUUUCUUGUAAAUUAUUAUGGUCACUUGAUCUCAUGAAGUUGCGAUUCUUUCCAAUCGGGUGAGGACUACAAAAUGCAUGUAGGGUGGUUGAUAAACUGUAUUUGUUUGCGCAA